AUGAGUAAUGGGGAAAGGGUUGAUAGGAGAUGGCUAGUAUAUUCAACUGUUAAGGAUCGCGUGUUAUGUUUUAGUUGCAAAUUUUUUAAAGGAGAUGGGGUUGAUUGUCAGUUGGAUACCAAUGGCUAUAAUGAUUGGUAUAAUCUUGGUAAAAAACUUAGACAACAUGAUACUUGUGAGGGACAUAUAGAAUCCAUGUCAAAGUGGAAUGAGUUGGAAAGACAUUUAAAGAAAAAGGAAACCAUCGAUAAGGCGAUGCAAGAACAAAUCAAGAAGGAAAAGGAGUAUUGGAAACAAGUCUUGGUUAGAAUAGUUUCUCUUAUAAAAACUCUUGCUAAAAAUAAUUUAGCUUUUCGUGGGGAUAAUGAAAAGAUUGGCGAAGCAAAUGAUGGUAAUUUUCUCAGCUUUAUUGAAAUGAUUGUGGAAUUUGAUUUGGUAAUGCAAGACCAUCUUCGGAGUUUCAAAGAUCAGGACAUUCACCAUCAUUAUCUUAGUCCCAAGAUCCAAAACGAGUUGAUUUCUUUAUUGGCACACCAUGUGAGAGAGAAAAUUGUUGAAAAAAUUCAAGAAGGAAAAUAUUUUUCUGUGUUGUUGGAUUGUACUUCGGAUAUAAGCCGUGAAGAACAAAUGUCUCUCAUUAUAAGAUCUAUGGAUUACUUAAGAACUCCGAAAGUUGAAGAAUAUUUUCUAGGUUUCUUGAAGGUGGAAGAAACAACUGGACUAGGACUUUUUGAUGAGCUUAAAAACCUUUUGGAGAAACUUAAUCUUGAUAUUGAUGAUAUUAGAGGUCAAGGGUACGAUAACGGGGCAAAUAUGAAAGGAAAAAAAUAA